UCUCGCAAACAUCGCUGUGUAAGUUUCAAACUUCAUCCCUUCUCCAUGAAAACUGAUCAAACAGCCCGGCCAGCUUCAUCAUUAAUUUCUUGUUCUUUGCCUCGAUGGAGAUACGAUGUUUUCCUCAGUUUCUAUGGCAAGGACACCCGCAAGAAUUUUACGGCUCAUCUUUAUACUGCUUUGAAAGAUAAAAGUAUUUUCGCCUUCAGAGACGACGAAAAGCUAGAGCGAGGAAGAUGUAUAGCUCCAGAUCUCUUGAAAGCAAUUGAAGAGUCUAAGUAUGCAAUCGUCGUUCUCUCACGGAAUUAUGCUUUUUCGAGCUGGUGCUUGCUUGAACUUGCCAAGAUUGUUGAAUGCAUGGAAAAGACGGGGCUGACAGUCCUUCCGAUUUUCUACCAUGUGAGUCCCUCUCACGUACGAGACCAGACAGAUAGUUUUGCAGAAGCUUUUGCUGAACAUGAAAAAGAUCCCAAGGUUUUCAAAGAGGAUGUUAAAACCUGGAAAACUGCUUUGAGGAAAGUGGGCAAUAUCUCCGGAUGGGAUUUACGCGGUGAUAGGGACGAGUCAAAAGCUAUUCAAGACGUUGUCGGAAAGAUACUCAGUAAAUUAAACUCUAUAGUCUCAACUAGUUCUGUAUCCAAGGACCUUAUUGGAAUAGCCUCUCGUGUAGAGGAAUUGGAGUACUUAUGCUUAAAUAAUAGGCCAGAUGAUGAUGUUCACUUUGUAGGGAUCUGGGGGAUGGGUGGUAUCGGUAAGACCACUCUUGCACGUGCUUUUUAUGACAGAUUUUCCAGUCAAUUUGAAGCCAGUAGUUUUAUUGCCAAUGUCAGAGAAAGAACUGGAAAAGAUGGUCUGAUUCCUUUACAAAACGAACUUCUUUCUGAUAUCUUGAUGGAAAGAAAUAUUGAUAUUAAGGACGUUGACAGGGGAAAGAAUACGAUAAGUUUUAGACUGCGUCAUAAAAAGGUUCUUGUUAUUCUCGAUGAUGUGGAUCAAUCCGAACAAUUAGAAGCAUUAGCAAAUGAGCGCAAUUGGUUUGGUCCAGGAAGUAGUAUCAUUAUAACAACAAGAGAUGAGCGUCUGUUGAUAGAACAUGGACUGACCAAAAAUGAAAUAUAUAGGGCUCAAGAACUGAACAAUGAUGAAGCUCUCUGCCUCUUUAGUUGGAAAGCCUUCAAGCAAGAACUCCCUCCAGAAGAUUUUGUGGAGCUGUCCAAGAAGAUUUUAAAUCACGCUAACGGCCUUCCUUUAGCUCUUAAAGUUCUGGGUUCAUUCUUGUUUGAGAGAAGUGUAGAUUUUUGGGAAUCUGCUGUGAGUAGACUAAAAGAAAACCCUGAUAGAAAAAUCAUGGACACACUUAAAAUAAGUUUUGAUGGACUGGAGGAAAAAGAGCAAAACAUUUUUCUAGAUAUUGCAUGUUUCUACAAAGGGAAGGAUAGUUAUCGUGUGAAGAGUAUACUAGAAAGUUGUGAUUACCACCCCAACAUCGGCAUAGAAGUUCUGAUCAGUAAGUCUCUUAUAACCAUGUCGGGGACGAAAUUGUGGAUGCAUGAUCUAAUUGAAGAAAUGGGUCGGGAAAUUGUUCGGCGUGAAUGGCCAAGAGAUCCUGGCAGACGGAGUAGGUUGUGGCUUAGUAAUGAUAUCAUUCGUGUAAUGAAGAAUAACAGUGGAACAGACAGGAUCGAAGGAAUAGUUCUAAACUCUCCUCCACAAGAAGAAUUAGACUUGAAUGCUGACGCCUUUUCCCAGAUGAAGAACUUGAGAUUGCUCAAGAUGAGUAAUGUACACCUUUCUCAAGGCCUCAGUUAUCUUUCUACAGAGUUGCGGGUUAUGGAGUGGCAUGGAUACAAUUUCAAAUGUUUGCCAAUGAGUUUCCCACCUGAUAAACUCGUUGAACUCAGUAUGUGUUCCAGCCACAUUCAACAACUGUGGCAGGGAACUAAGAGUUUGCACAAGCUAAAACUCGUUGACCUUAGUGACUCUGGACACUUGAUGGAGACCCCGGACUUAACAGGAGCCCCAAAUAUUGAGAGGCUGAUUCUUCAAGGAUGUACAAAAUUGCUUAAGCUCCACUCAUCGGUUGGAGAUCUCAGACGCCUUAUUGUUCUGAAUUUGAGAGAUUGUGCAUCCCUUAGAAGCCUUCCAUGUAACAUUACUUGGGAUUCCCUUGAAGAAUUGAUUCUUUCUGGGUGUUCAAGACUCGAUAAGCUUCCAGAAAAUGUGGGAAAUUUGAAACGUUUGUCUCAACUUCAUUUGGAUGGUUGCUCAAAACUUGAUACAAUGCCAGAGGACCUAGGGAGUGUGGAACAUCUGGAGGAGCUUGAUAUAAGUGGAACUGCUAUAAGACAAGUACCAUCCUCCUUUUUACGUCUGCAGAACCUUAAAAUGCUAAACUGCCAAGGAUGUUCUGGUCAGCCACCUCAAUCGCUACUCGGCCUACUCUUCGGUUGUUUCUUGCCGAGGUCCGACAUUGGCUUUGUGUUGCCUGAUUCGUUCUCAGGUUUACCCUGCCUGAACAAAUUAAACUUGAGUUAUUGCCAUUUAAAAGAUGGAGCAAUUCCCAGUGACCUAAGUGGAUUGCCAUCAUUGCUAGCACUAGAUCUAAGUGGAAACGAUUUCGAGCUCUUACCUGAAAGCAUCUCUCAACUUUCGAAGCUUAGAGUUAUUUUCUUGAGAAGCUGUAGCAGGCUUCGAUCAUUGCCAGAACUUCCGUCAAGUAUAGUAAAUGUUGCUGCUGAAGAUUGUAUCUCAUUGGAAGCACAUUCUAAUGAAAUUAGUGGUAUAGUUUCAGAUGAAACAGGACUGGCUCUUCUUAGGACCUCUACGCCACGUGAAUCGAAAGGCGGCAAGCUUGGGACGUUUUCGUUAUCAACUGCAGAAGGUGACCUAAUGAGUGAAAGAACCAUUAAGGCAAACAUCGAUCUUGCCAGAGUUAUCUCGGGUACUUCAAGUGCAGCAAGAAUUCCAAUGUGGUUCCAGACUCCGAGAAUGGGUUCCUCGAUCACAAUCCAGUUGCAUCCGGAUUUGGAUGAUAGUAGAAAGUGGUUGGGUUUUGCUCUUUAUUUUGUCUUUGAAAUCCAUGAACUUGAGACUUGGGAGUCAACACGUUUUAGGAGGUUAGAUUUUCAUUUGGACCCAGAAGAUUUCGACCAGCUUUUGUUUCAUUUUGGCACUAAUGAAGGUCCUCUAAAAGAACCCCUAGAGCGAGAAUUCCCUAAAUGCCUCGCUGUUACGCCAGCAGGAUAUUGGAUAUAUGUACCACACAUCUGGUUUGAGAAAAAGUCAAAUGAGGUGGAUACAUGGAGUUACAUUGAGGUUUCAAUUAAGAUUGGAAGUCCAUUUUUGAAGGUGCAAAUGUGCGGGGCUCGUCUAGUAUACGAGCAAAAUGCCCACGAGUUUAUUGAUGCAGUCCAAACCUCUAAGAAUAUGACGACUCUCGACAUUUGCGAUGGAAAGGGGCAUUUCAAAUUCCAGAGCUCUCCGCGAAGUGGUUCCGGAUUUCACUUUGUACACCUGGUUACUCCAGAGAAUGUUGGUGAAGUAGAAUCAAGUGGGUCAAAUCUAUUGGAUAAAGGUUUUACCUCAAAUGAAAUAUUGGAAUGCAACUCAAAGAAUUCAAGCAGUUCAUUUUCGGUUGAGGACCCAGGCUGCAUUGACAGUACUGACUCGACCAUUGGUCUGAAAACAUAUCUUCAAUCCUUGCUUCUCAGAUGCUAUGAGGGAAACUAUGCACAAAACAAAAUGCACAAGUAUAUUUUUCCUUUAAGUGCAUCUCCACUAUGGUUCACACUUCAUGGUAUGGGGCCUGUAGUUGAGGUCGACCUGCCUCCGAAUAUAUAUGAUGACAAGGGAUGGAUGGGAUUUGCCGUAUAUGUUAGUUAUGUUAUCCGCGAUCAGACGAGUGUUUCCCGCAACAUCUUCGGUCAUUUGGAUGCAUAUGAUGAUGAUCUCGAAUGCUUUUUUGUCUUCCCCCCAACCCCAGACACGAUCAUUGCUGGGCCAAGUAGACUUUUUCUAUUCCACAUACCUCGUGUCUUUUUCACUAAUAAGUUGAAUCAACGGAGCAAGAUCCGAGCUUCAUUUGGAACCAACAAUCAAAAUAUGGAGGUUGUAAUGUGUGGAAUCCGUCUAGUAUAUGAGCAAGACUUGAAAGGGUGUGUCGAGACAAUAGUAGACUGCGUACUAAGGAGUCCGGAAAUCCACCGUCAAAGCUAUCUCCAAAGUUUUGAAAAUCAAGUCAAUAAUCUGCCAAACUAUGUUUAUGAUCAGGCUGCAUCAAGUACUGAGUGCAAUCCAAUAUUAUCAGAAGAUCAUGAAAGGCACCCCCCUCCUUUUGGUUACUUCUCAACGGAAAGGAGGAAUCAAUUCUCGGAAAAGCUUCCAUCAAACAAUGAAGAACAGAAUUAUGACUUAUUUGAGAAAUGCCUGACUCAAAUAAUUUCUGGAAGGGAUUCAAAAGAUUCGAAUUCCAAUGUUAUUCAGGCUGGAGCAGCAUAUUUGAAUGAACUCAGCAAAGGAGAUCCUGUAAAAGCCUCUCUUGUGAAUUUGGUUCUAAAUCACUUUCAGGACACCCAUAUUAAUAAAUUCCAUCCUUAUAACACUUGUUUUCUGCAAUCUGAGAUUCCGGAAUACUUCUGUUGUCAUGGUGGUUCAUCAGUACCAUUCCAUCUACCUCAAAAUUUGAAUAAAAACUCUGAUUGGAUUGGAAUAGCUCUAUGUGCUGUUUUCACUGUCAACAAUAAUAAUGAACCUCUCAUCCACGACAAUCCGGCGGGCACAGAAAUUCCUUAUACCCUCACGUGUAAUUUGGCAAGCAACACAGGCUUGGAGAUGAUAAUUUCCCAUUUUGAAAAUACCAAGUUCGGAAACAAUAGCUUCAUUUGGCUAUCGUAUAUUCCACGUGCUGCUUCUUUUUCAGAAAGUUUGAAUGAAUGCGAUCACCUGCGGGCCUUCUUUUACAGUAGUAGUCAAGACUUGAUUCUGCGGAAGUGUGGGCACAAACUUGUAUAUUUGGACAACUUGGCAGAGUUAGUUGGAACAAUAGCUCAAUGUGCAGCCACUUGUCCUCACUAUUCCAGGCUCUUCAGUCAUGAGUUCGAAGGAGAUGAGGAUAGGAGUAAUAAGCAAUGUCGUAUUGAUGAUGAGGAGGAAACCAGCAAAAGUGAUAGCUCCGAUGACUUAAAUCCCAGCAUACUGAACCAAAAGAUGAGAAGAUGUAUAAAGUUUUUGCAUAAUCCCAGGAAGGAAUUUCAUUUAUUCUUUUCAAGUGAUCACUGUUUCCCUCCAAUUACUGAGAUUCCAGACUUCUUAACCUAUCAAGGCAGAGGACCUUCAGUGACGAUCGAGCUACCUACAAAUAUGCAUAAUGAUUCUGGAUGGGCGGGACUUCUUAUUUGUGCUUCAUUUACAUUCCAAGAGAAUCAAAUUGAAUUUCUUGAAAGUCUGGAAUCAGAAAUUCCUCACCACCUUAUAUGUUUUUUUGACACGGAUAUAGAUAGUUUGAGACCUAUCCAUGUAUACCGCACUGCCAAGCAAGAAUUCAAGUGGUUACAUUUACAUGGAUUUAUUUGGCUAUUCUAUAUACCAAUUUGGUGGCUUCCAGAUAGAAUACAGUGCUGCAACCACAUAGAGGUUUCAAUUAUGAGCGAUUGGCCUGGCUGGAUUGUGAACAAUUGUGGUCUCCGUUUCCUUUCUGCCCAAGAUUCAGGAGAUCUUAUGCAGUUACUACUCCCCUUCCAGGUCUCGUUUUUUGACAAUUGGGGUCUUUUUCAUAAAGAAAUAUUGGAACAAGAUUGUACACAACCGGAACCAUUCUCACAUCAAACAGAAGGAUGCACUUCAAUGGAUUCGGGUUUUUCUAGUAACGUUGAGUCUCACCCCACAAAGGCAGAGAACCAAGGCUACAAUUUGGAAACAUCAACCAUAUUUCUCAAACGAAAGCUUGAGACUGAUAUGUUUUCAACGCUCUUUGAGGGGCUCCAAAACGAUUAUCAUGGAUAUUUCUUUCCUCAAGGUGAAAUACCACCGUGGUUCAAUAAUCGAAUUGAUGGACCCUCAAUAGAAAUCCAGCUGCCACUGAAUUUGUAUAAUAAUGAGAGCUGGAUGGGAUUUGCUGUAUGUGCUGUUUUGAGUUGUCCAGCUGACUCUCGCAAGAAUUCAAAUCCAAAAACUUUGGCCGGUUGCAUUCUUCAUUUGGAUAGCAAUGAAGGUUGUUUGAAACCUGAUCUUGUCCUUAGCAUCCCCAGAUCCAUAUUGCUGAACUCAAACCAAUUACUUGUCGUACAUUACGUAUCACCAACGAUUCUUCCUAGUAAGCUAAACCAAUGGAGUCAUGUUAAAGCUACAGUUGAAUGCAACAUCCCAAGUGUGGAGACUCAAAUGUGUGGGAUACGGCUAAUGUACAAACAAGAUGUGGAAGGGUUUGUUCAAACAAAGGCAGAGUGUGCAGCAGCUAUUCCAAACAACCAGCUUUGCUACUAUUAUCUAUCUUUCGUAGAUAAAUUGAACUUUCUGAAAACCCGUGGUAAUAGAACUAAAUUCAGGGAGCGCAACUUUUAUGCGUGUCACUCUCCCAUAAUUGAAAGGUGCUUUGAAUCCUCACCGAAACCUCCAUCUAUUUGUAAACUUAAAGCACUUCAACAAUGUUCUUCAUCAAAAACAUUCUCGAAUGAAAGAGUUUCAAAUAGCACUGCUUCAGGAAAUGGUGUUGAAAUAGUUCUACCACCUGGAUAUCUAGACUGCACCAGUGACUCAGUUUUCUCAUUGAAAACUGAUUUUGAGUACUUCUUCCAAAAACGCGUCACGGGCUUUAAUCUUUCUGCCACUUCCUGUAUAAGUACUGCUAUUUUGCCUCAGACAAAAGUUCCGGAGUGGUUCAACCAUCAAAGUAGAGGGGCGUUUGUGAAUAUCCAACUACCUCCAAAUGUCAUGAAUGAUAGAAAUUGGAUGGGGCUUGCUCUAUGUGCUACCUUUUCAAUCCACAAUGAUCAACAUUCGACUUAUCUCUCUCGUGACUAUCUUGAUUCCAGGGUUUCUCAUGAGCUUAUUUGUGGAUUGGAUACUGAUUUAGGUGGGUUGAUGCGUCUCCCUGCCAUUCCCCUUAUUGAAGAAAAAUGCAUGUGGUUUUAUUUACAUGGAUUCCUUUGGCUAGUCUAUAUACCGCAUGGACGUCUGAGAAAUGGCUUGUGCAACCCAUGUAGUCAGAUUAAGGCUCUAUUUGGAAGUAAUUGCCCUAAUUUGACAGUGCAAAACUGUAGCCUCCGCCUCUUAUAUCGUCAAGAUAUGGAAGAGUUUGAGCAAACAUUUCUCAAGUGCUUUACCCCGCCUUUUCAGUAUCAAAACCGUGAGGUCUUCCAUAGAAACUUUGAAUACAGUUCUUGUUUCCUUCCAUGUGGAAUAAUGGAGUGGUUCAGCUAUCACAGCAAUGAGCCCUCAGUGAGAUUUGAGUUACCUUGUGAUUUUUAUAAUGACAGUAAUUGGCUGGGGCUUGCCAUGUGUGCUUCUUUUUGGGUAUACGAGGAUGAUAAGGCUGCCCAUGUUAAAAUGUUGGAUUUAGGAAAUCCUCAUUAUCUCCUGUGUCUUUUGGAUACUGACAUUGGCAAUGUGGAACCUGAUCUACAUUCACAUCGCCCAUUUACAGAGGAAGAAAUCAAGUUGGUACGUCAAGGUGAGAUAAUGUGGCUAUCAUUUAUACCAAAAGGAUCACUUCCAGAGUGGUUGAACCAAUGCACUCGAAUAGAGACCUCCAUUGCUAGUGACUGCCCAAGUUUGAGAGUGCACCAAUGUGGAUUCCGUCUUUUGUACCAGCAUGAUGAGGUUGAGUUUAAGGAAACAAUAAGGCACUGCAAUAAGCAAAACCGCCAUAAAUAUGAGACAAUAUCAAUAACAAGACCCAAUUUUGACCCCAUGUCCACGCUCCAAGACAAGGGAAAACAAGUUGUAAAAUAAUAAACUCACCUCUCAAUGAUUGCAAUAGUACUUCUGCUUGUUUUGUUCCUUUUGUUUUUAUUUCUUUUUGUUUUUUAAACAAAGACAUAGUGUAUAUUUUGAUCUGUACGAGGUUGUUUUAAGUUAUAGUAGCUAGGUUUGUAUUUAUUCCAUAUUUAUUUUUGGAGGUUUA